CGCAACACACUAUUUUUUGGAUAUUUUCCUACUCCCAAAAGAAAAUUCCUUGUAAAAUUACAUGAACUACCAGAGCAGAGGAGUCAGUUCAUUGCCAUAACUCUAAGAGCUAACAACGAGAAGCGGGAAAUUAAAAAAACCAAAUAUCAAAAAUUUUCCGGAAAAUAAAGCGCGAAAAGCUUUUUUAUGAAAAGCUUUGCAUUUCAACCCAUGGCCACCUUGGGUGUUUUGAAUUACAAUCUACCGCCAGGAUUAACCAUGAAAUUGAAUUCCAACUCAAACAACAAUGGGUCAACCCACACCCCCUCGGGGAUGGCUAAUAAGACCUUCAACAAGAUAACGGUGCAAAAUGUUCUCAGUGAAAAUAACUCGAAUGCCCUGAAUAUAGCCCAGGGAAAUCCCAAUGCCAUAGUGAGAAAAAUCAAAGAUUUCGGUAUGAUUGGAACUGUGAAUGGAGCAGGAGCGAAUUCAUUGAAUUUGAGUGGUACCAAUGGACGCAAAAGAACUUUGGGAGAGAAUACAAAACCCUCAACACCAGCAGCAGGACAAAUGGGUGUCAAAAAAGAAAGAAAGACCCCCUCUAGCGACUCAGCCACAGUGGCCAAGAAACCCAAGCUUAGCAAAGAGGAAAGAACCGCCUUGAGACUGGCCAAAAAGGCAGCCAAGGAAAAUUCCGCCGCUGUGGGCUCAAUCAUGGCCAAUGGCCUGCCCAUUAAGAUACCGGGCACCCCGGGACGCAAAGGUUUACCCUUGCCCCAAGCUGUGGCUAGACGCAAUGCCAGGGAACGCAAUCGGGUCAAACAGGUCAACAAUGGUUUUGCUGCUCUGCGAGAACGCAUACCCGAGGAGGUGGCCGAGGCCUUUGAGGCCCAAAGCUCUUGCAAGAAUAAUGGCAAGAAACUCAGCAAAGUGGAAACUUUGCGCAUGGCUGUGGAAUACAUACGAUCACUGGAACGUUUGCUGGGUUUUGAUUUCCCUCUACCCAAUGGCAGCCUCAACAUGCACUCCACCUCUUCGAGUGGCGAGGAUAGCUUCUCCAUGAUCAAAGAUGAAUUUGAGGCCUACUCACCCAGCAUGGAUGAACAUUUUGAGGAUUCCCUCAGUCACUAUGAUUCCGAGGAGUAUUUUUGCCAACAGACCUCUUCACCGGCAGCUGUUAUGCCAGCAGCUCCUCCUUGCGGCAGUCCCAUGCCACAAAUAGAUAUGCUGCCCAAUAUCACCACCUUGAAUGGCUUGCAAUAUAUCAGAAUUCCAGGGACAAAUACCUAUCAAUUGUUGACCCCAGAAAUAUUUGUGGGCACUGCUGCCUCACCGCCAUCAUCGACGGUGGAUGAGGAGCAUUUCAAUGCUCUAAUUGACACUAAUUGCGCAAGUCCAAAUUCAAUGUCGUCACCAAGAUGUUCACCAACGGCAAUGACCACAACCACAUCCAUGGCACACGUUACAGCUGAGGAGGUGAAUGGUUCAUCGCCGUCUUCUGCUUCUUCAUCAUCAUCAUCAUCGGCGUCUUCGUCUUGCUCACCAACCUCAAUUAUCAACACAACGAGUAGGGUGAUGGCCAGAGCGGAAGCAGCACCUGUCUCACAGGCAACAGUAAAAUGUGUAAAUUCAGCGGCAAUAGGGUCAGCAGCAGGUUUGUUAUCAUCGUCUUCAUCAUCAUUAUCAUCAUCUGCAACGGCGAUUAUGAGAAUAUCGCCCGUGCCACUACAGCAACAACAACAACUACCCAUUAUAAGCAUGUUAACAACCCCCAGUUCAAGAGCUAAUGAAAGUCCAACAUUACAGGGGACGUUGAUAACAACACCUGCCAACGCCACCGCCAUCAUCGGUGGGCACAAUGAUCAAUGCCUGGCUCAAAUGGAAGGCUUACGAGAAACGUGUGCCUCGGAUGUUAACCCACGGUCACAACAUUUGAUGGCAACACAGCUCAUUAAACAAGAAUUUGAGGAAGCCAACAUCAUCUAUCAUCAACAGCAACAACAACAACAACAACAACAUCAAGAGUCACAUAACAAUAUUACGAAUAGGCAACAACAACAACACCUUUAUAUGAUACCCAACUCCAUGGCCAUGUCCCCACCUUUGGAGAGACAAACACCCACCUCUAUAACAACCACCUCCAGCAAUUCCGCCCAUUUAGCCCAAUUUUAUACCGCCAACACACAAUCGACGAAUCAACACUUCUUUGGCGAUAUAGCGAAUCUUAAAAAGGAAUUCAAUGAAGAUAUACUCGAUGUGCCUCACAAUGCCAAUGUCAUGUCGGAUGAGAGUAUGAUUGAAUCCAUUGAUUGGUGGGAGGCCCACACACCCAAAUCUGAGGGAGGAUCCGUUAUGUUGUAG